UGGGAAGUUUGAUCCUCCGCGGCUUCGGUGCUGGAGCAGCGACGAGAGCGGAAGAGAGCCCAGGGGCUGGGCACGCGGGACGGGGCUUGGGGACCUGGCUGGAGAUGGAGUUCGACUGCGAAGCUCUGAGAGGGCUGCUCGGCAAGUACAAAUUCAGAGAUUUAACUGUGGAAGAACUGAAGAAUGUAAAUACAUUUUUCCCACAUUUUAGAUAUUCCAUGGAUACCUAUGUUUUUAAAGAUAGUUCCCAGAAAGACCUGCUGAAUUUUACUGGCACUAUUCCUGUGAUGUAUCAGGGUAAUACGUAUAACAUACCAGUUCGCUUCUGGAUUUUGGAUUCUCACCCUUUUGCACCCCCAAUUUGCUUCCUGAGGCCAACUGCAAAUAUGGGAAUCUCAGUUGGAAAACAUGUGGAUGCCCAAGGCCGGAUCUAUUUGCCCUAUCUUCAGAACUGGAGCCAUCCUAAAUCUGUCAUCGUUGGACUAAUUAAAGAGAUGAUUGCCAAGUUUCAAGAGGAACUUCCCUUAUAUUCUCUGCCAUCAUCUGAUGAGGCUCGGCAGGCGGAGUUGCUAGCCUAUAUUACAAAAAUAACUGAAGGUGUCUCGGAUAUUAAUUCAAGGAGUUGGACAAACCAAGAGAAUAAAACAGUCAAUAAAAUCACUGUGGUUGGAAGUGGAGAUCUGGGUGUUGCCUGCAUAUUAGCAAUUUCAGCCAAGGGCAUUGCAGACAGGCUCGUCCUCUUGGACCCCUCAGAAGGAACCAAAGGAGGGACAAUGGACCUUGACAUCUUCAACCUACCUAAUGUGGAGAUUAGCAAAGAUCUGUCUGCCUCUGCUCAUUCCAAGGUGGUGAUCCUCACAGUCAACUCCUUGGGUAACUCCCAGUCCUACCUCGACGUGGUGCAGAGCAAUGUGGAUAUGUUCAGAGCUCUCGUGCCAGCUCUAGGACAUUACAGUCAGCACAGCGUCCUGCUCGUUGCGUCUCAGCCAGUGGAAAUCAUGGCCUAUGUGGCAUGGAAGCUGAGUGCAUUUCCUGCAAACCGGGUGAUUGGAAUUGGAUGCAAUUUGGAUUCACAGAGAUUACAAUAUAUUAUUACAAAUGUUUUGCAAGCACAGACUUCAGGCAAAGAUGUCUGGGUUAUUGGUGAGCAGGGAGAAAACAAAGUGCCUAUGUGGAGUGGCCAAGAAGCAGUGAGUCCUAACUCUCAGGUGCAACUGUGCAACAGAGCCAUGGAACUGUUAAGGGUAAAAGGCCAAAGAUCUUGGUCUGUGGGACUGUCAGUGGCUGACCUGGUUGACAGUAUUGUAAAUGAUAAAAAGAAAGUGCAUUCCGUAUCAAUUCUAGCAAAGGGACAUUAUAAUAUAAAUAAUGAGGUGUUUUUAAGUUUGCCUUGCAUCCUUGGAACCAGUGGAGCAUGUGAAGUCAUUAAAAGCACAAUGACAGAAAACACAGUGACUGAAAAACUCAAGAGCAGUGUGUCUUCAAUCCAUGAUCUCCAAAAACAGCUAAAAUUCUGACUCUCACAUGUAAUUAUCUGUAAAGAAAGAUCAUGUAAUUUUGCCAACACAGUUGACAAUGAGGUUGAAAACAUCCGUAUCUUACUACUUAUUGGUACAAACUGCUUGGUUAAGGUAGAUGGUUUCUUGAAUAACUAAUUUGAAUCCUUAAGGAGUCAUUAAGGAGGGAUUUUCUAAUUUUCUUCAUGGUUCUUGAGAUAAUCUACUCUUUUAAACCUGUAGCAGAAAUGAACAUUCAUUAGCAAUGAGUGUCGUUUUCAAUUGUAUCCUAAACUCAAACUAAUUUACUAUGGAAGUAUUUUGAAAGUAAUACUUUUUUAAAAAGAUUAUUCUUUGGCAUUUGUAAUAAACAUUAAUAGAUGUGUAAGUUAUACAUUCAGAAGACACACCUUUCAAGGUAGUAGUGUUUCCUUUGCAACUUACUGCUGCUGGUAAUGAUAAAGCAUCUUCUUUGAAUGUAUUAGCUAUCAAAUACUGGGAAAGAAUUUUACAUGCACUUUAAAAUAGUGAAAGGGAAAGCAAACAUUCUUAAUAUAUAAAUAACAUAGAACAUAUGUUAUAUAUGUAUAACAUCUAACCUCUUCCUGGACUAUAUAAGCUCUCCAAUGUCUCAUAAACUCAUUAUGGUAUUGGUAGAGCCAUAUAGAGAUGUGUGGUUUUUAGUGGAAAUAAAUGAUGAAUGAAAGCCAAGUUACUUUAAAUAUAGAAUAUAAGGCAU